AGGGAUUUCCUCGAUUUGAGCUCCAGAAAGUCAUGACUCAACGUGGUUUUAUUGAGGUAUUGUGAACUUGCCUGAUUGCUCGAAAAGCAGUCGCUUGGGGAGCUCGAGACUCAACACGAAAAUUCUUCCAUCCAGAGCGUCGUGGUGAAAAGUCGACAGAAGGUUUUUUUAUUUAAAGAGCCACUAGUAGACUGGGAUUACAUUCGUGUAUCCUUCCCAGUCAUGGAUUACGAUCGUCGCCGUUCCUCUGGUGGUCGAGGUCGCGGCCGACCUUUCCAGUCCCAGUCCCGCUACAACUCUUGGGGCAACUCUUGGAACUCUGGCCACAACAACUACUACAACAGCAACAAGAACAACAACAACAACAGCAGCAGCUACAACCAAUCCCCUCACUAUGGAUUCUACGGCCCGAGGGACAAUCUUCCGGAAAGAGUCGCCCCGCCGAUGCCGGUGGAACGCACUAUCCCGCCGGAAGAUGACCGGGAGUUGACGGAGGCCGAAGCUCAAAGAGCGUAUCAGAUAUCGAAUAGCCUGUCGGCCGUCAUGUCGUCGUUGAGCGAGCGGGCGAGUGGUCACACGACGGACAGGAGGCGCCGGCACCACGACGGCUGGAGGCCGCCGUUGUCGAGCGUUAUUGACAAAGGGGCAUUUCCGACACCAAAGAAAAGGCUCAGGUUCAUGGACAACCUUUAUUGCACCAUUUGCAACAUCGAUUUGACCAGUGAAAGCGUGAUGGAAGCACAUAUCAAAGGCAUGCGGCAUUUGAAGAAAUCCAUGAAUUUGCGGCAAAUUGACCCAGUGCGAGCCCAGGAGCUGGAAAACGCGGGGUUCAGUGGGGUCACGGACAGGCCGGCAUUUGGAGGCAAGAGACGAGCCCUGGGGAAACCCGGGGCCCUGGCCAAGUUGUUGGAGGACUCGGAACAUCCGAUCAUUGGUGCUGAAUUCCUCGAAGAAUACUCUGCCAAUCCGGACUCCAAAAUUGAGCCCGUGUAUUAUUGCACGUUGUGCUCGGCGCAUUCCUCGUUUGAAGUCAUGUUCCAGCACGUUAUUGGGCAGAAGCAUCGAAUGAAAUACCUGGUGAUUAUGAUGCUAUUUUUAGUCCUUGGAAUGGGGCUCGUGGUGAUCAAUAGUGUGGAAGUGGAAUUGAAGCUUGGAGUUCCUGUAUCGAAGUGCAUGGUGAAGAGCGAGGCAGCCAAGAUGGAGCGAGAGAUGGGCAGGCAAUUGGGCAAGAUCAAAACCAUCUCCGGAUUGACAGCGAUGCCGGAUUUCACCAAGUUGAAAGCUGAGAAGAACGAGUCGUCACUGAAGAUAUCGAUGAAACCAGACUCUGGGUCAUCUUUCGUGCGUGUGAAGAAGGAACCCACGGAUCCCAACAGUGACGACGACGACGUAGUGGAAAUAAUCGAUGCGCCGAAAUGCGAUCCCCCGGUCGUCGACAUUGGCCAAGACACAGUUUCCAGUACGGAAGUGGAGAAGCAGGAAGCGGAAGUGUGUGAUUCCGCAGAAGCUCGGACGACGGAACCGGAAGACGAGAAUUCCGUCGGCACUUCGGAAGAGGUUCAAUCGUCCCCGAAGGCGAAACAGGAGAAUGUGGUUCACGGCGUCCCGGAAGCAUCGACUUCCGUCUUUCAAGACCCGGAAAACGAGAAACCCUGUGGGAAAUCCGGGCUCGGGCAGAGCCCCUAUGCUGAUGUUAUUGGCAGUCUGAUUGGCUGCACGAUCAAAAGUAUGAGUGAUCUACACUUGGCUGUGAACGUGUGUGGAAGUCUGAUGGUGAACCUCUUGUGCUGGCAUCAGGAAGACGAAGUCAGCGAUGAUGAGGCCGAAGCGAAACGACAAAAGCCCGAAGUUAUUCCCGUUGUGAAUUCGAUUUUGGAUAAUAUCAAACGCUACACCGACUUGUUGGAGUUGGACGAAGUGCUGGACCUUGUGAAGAAUCGGAAAUUGUGGCCGGAACCGCAGAUCACGGCGGAAAGUCUAGUGGAGAAACUUUUGGAGCGUGUCGGGGAUUGUGAAAGCUCAGGAAUCUGGUCUCAUCCGGACGCCGAAGAAGAUGUUUUACGAAGCCUGGAGAAGCUGACUGAGCGCCUGCGGUUAUCAAUCAACACUCGUCGUCAUCAUCAUCAACAGGAACAUCGUCACGUCGUCGAACCCAGCAGUCAUUCAUCGCCGCCGCCACCACCACCGACGCCGGUCGGCGUGUGGAAAAGCGAACCGGCGCCUUCGAGUCCCGAUUGCUCCGACGCGUUCGGGCCACUGACGACAUCUGCGUCGUUGCCACCGGCAGAUGUCGCUGCCGUCGCGGCGGCGUCGGCUCAUCAUUUCCCUUACAUUCCGUCGCCGUUGGACCUUAAUGUGGCUUUUAGUCCAGUGAGUCCGGACGAGCCGACGGGAGUGGUUUUUGAUGACGCGUUUAUGUCGUGUUUGGGGUCGCCGUCUGCGAGCCCGCCGGUCGGCGUGGGGUUGUACGGAAUGGCGUCUUCGUCGGCGGCGGCGACGGCGGCGGUGUCGUCUGGCGGCUUGCUGGGCAAUAACAGCAUCUCGGAUAUUACGAAGGCGGAUGUGGAUUACUCCAUGGCGGAUUGCUGGGGGCAGAGGAAUCAUCUUCUUGCGCAUAUGGACAUGGGAGUUCGAGACGCGUCCAGCUUCUUGCAGUCCUCGUACGGGUCGUUUGGUGGGUCCCUGCCGCCGUUGCAACCCUUUGAACCCCCGAUCAGCCAACUAGCACCCGCUUCGAUGACCUCGCAACCCGUGGCCCGGCCAGAAAUCACACCCGACGACCCCGAAGAGCUCUUCAACGUUGCUCGCAUGAAGGGCAAGCGGAAACUGCUCCCAUCCAAAAAGAAAAAAACUAUUCCGACUGUGGUGGUGUUGAUGAUGUUUCUGCGGCCGGACUGUGAAAUAGGGAUGAUAUUUUAUGCGAUGGUGGUGAGGGCCCGGGACGGGUUAGUGUUGUGCGAUUCGACGGACGUGAAAGAAGCCGUCGACAAGGACAUUCGCGAUGGGAAACGGUGCAUGAAGCUGUUGGCGAGGAAAUUGCGUCAAUUCGACGACCGUUGUUUGCUUCAAGUUGGCAAACACUCCGUGUGGUGA